UUCUUCUGGCUCAGAGGAGACCUCUCCUGCUCAGGAGCAGCUGCUGGACUGCUUGGACAAGUGGAAGAGCUUGGUGGUGGACAUCUCGGCAGGGUUGGUGGUGGCCAAGUCUUCAGGAACCCUCCGAGAUAUACUGGUUGGCUCCUUGCGGCCCGGCGCGCACAGCUGGGAGCAGCGGGACCAGUUCUCCUGGACCACUGCUAUCUCUACUGGUGGUUCCUCACCAGUUCCCCACCUCUCCUGAGUCCUGCCCAGCGCCAUGUCGACCUCCUCCGAGGAGGAGUGGAGCCUGGACCCCUUGGCCAGCCCCGAGGACAGCCCGCGGCGGGGCUACCAGCGCGGCCCCAGGGGCAACCUCACCAUGACCACCACCAACCAAGCCUUGGUGCAGCUGGUCUGCCAGAAAAACCUCCACCAGCCCGCCGACACGACCCUCCUCUCCAUCCUGCUGUUCUUCCGCAGCGAUCCGGAUUCGAGAGCCAUCGGCGACAAGAUCGAGCAGGCCCUGGACCUGGUGAAGACCCAUCUGGUGUAUGCCGUGCGAGAGGAGGUGGACCUCCUGAAGGACCAGAUCCAGGAGCUUCUGGAGAAGAACGGGCGUCUGCAGCGGGAGAACCACCUGCUCAAGAACUUGGCCAGCCCAGAACAGCUCCAGAACCUGGAGUCCCGUCAGCCCCUGCAGGUCCGGCCACCCUGUCCUGAGGACCCAAGAGCCCGGAAGAUGAGGGUCCACCAAGACCUUGAGAUCCUUCUCCCAGGUCCUUCUAGAAAAACAAACUCCCAUCUUAGAUCUGGUUCCUCCUCCCUCAAUGCCGAACCUGGCAUUCCUCCCACUUGAAAUAAACUUGGGGAGAUUCAGGUGAAGUUGGUGGUCCAAGAAGACCUCAAGAACCUCCUCCCAGGUCCUGCUACUAAGCUUGGUGGCCCUCAUGACCUUAAGAUCCCACCCCCAACUGAUGAACUCCAACUUGGGGACUCCUUCCCUCUCUCUCAGUCUGCUAGAGAUCGGGCUGGACUCGAACUCAGGACCGUCCUGGGACGUCCUGGGACGCAUCACGAUGAAGACCUGGGUUUCUCCACUGACGUCUUCUGGGGAGGGAGAUAUCAGCUAGCUGGAUCAGGGGAACGCUCUGGAUGUAAUUUAUCAAAGCUUCUCUCUUUGAAAUUGGAAGUUUGGCAUUUACAUGGGUAGAGUUUCUAUCUAUCUAUCUAUCUAUCUAUCUAUCUAUCUAUCUAUCUAUCAUCUACUGUAUCUAUAUCUAGUGUUCUUGCUAAAAGUUAAUAAAUAAUAAUAGGGUUUUUUUGGGGUGGGGGUGGGGGAAAGAGGGCUGAUUGUUUUUCUUCCAUUAAUGAUUUUUGCAUAUUCUGUAUUUGCAUAUUCUGCAUUUUGCGUAUUGUGAUUUUUAUACCUGCAGGGAUCGGGUGGCCUAGCAAUAAAUGGAAAGGGAAUCUU